AAGAUCACUUCCAGUGUGCACAAUCGCACCGGAUAUGCGCUGUCUUGUACAAGCUGUCAAAUCUGAAGCAAGUAGUUCGAAGGAGAGGAGCGGAAACGACAAAUGGAAAAUUAGUUUGCAAGACAGGAGGCUGCGUAUACCACCACAGAUAACAUUCAUUUUACCAGAAGUCCCUGAAACAACAACAACAACAAACGAAUUGAACUGGCUGCUAUGGCUGAAGAAAACAUUUUCCUUUUCGUUCCAAAUUUGAUUGGUUAUGCUCGUAUCAUCCUUGCUCUGCUGGCCUUCUACCUCAUGCCAUGUUGCCCCAUUCCAGCAGUAGUGUGCUACUUGCUGAGCGCCCUGUUGGAUGCUUUUGAUGGGCAUGCUGCUCGUGCCCUCAACCAAGGUACCAAGUUUGGUGCAAUGCUUGACAUGCUGACAGACCGCUGUGCCACCAUGUGCCUGUUGGUAAACCUUGCUCUGCUCUACCCUUCCUAUACCUUCCUCUUCCAAUUUAGUAUGAGCCUGGAUAUUGCAAGCCACUGGCUGCAUCUGCACAGUUCGAUGAUGAAAGGAGCCUCAAGCCAUAAGACGAUUGAUCUCUCUGGGAACCCCAUCCUCAGACUGUACUACACCUCUAGGCCGGUGCUGUUUGUGAUGUGUAUGGGCAAUGAGCUCUUCUUCUCCUUACUCUACGUCCUUCAUCACUUCGAGGAGCCACAUGUGUCCCUACAGUGGCUGCUGGGAAUCUGUGGGGUGGUAUGUAUUCUGAAGUCUGGGAUCAGCCUGCUGCAUCUUGUCACUGCUGCCAGGAACAUGGCUGCCAUUGAUAUUGCUGAAAGGGAGAAGGAAAGAGGCAAGACAGAAUAAAAGACAGGUUGACUAACAAUCAAAAGAACCUGUGGAAGGAUGGUGAAAUGGGGGGUGGGUAAAAUUAAGACCAAAAUGUGGAUUAGGUAUGGUUAUGGGAAGAUAGGAGUUAGGGCAGUGAGGAAGAAAAAAAAGCAAGCGGCAAGUAAUGGUAUGGGGGAGAGGUUGGUGAGGUUGAAAUGGAACAGACGGAUCAGGGGACCUUUUAUUAAAUUAUUCUCAAACACUGUAUAUUCUUGUGAAAUACCACUAAUGCAGUAGAGUCUCAAUGUAUAUAUAUAGGUUACGUAUAAUAUACAAUGUCCUUUUUAACAAAUCUUUUGAACUACUUUUUAAAAGUGCUUCAGUUGUCAAGUUAAAUAAUAUUUUUUUAACUUCCGCAAGAAUGAUAAGAAUCUUUGGACUUUAGCUCUGUGUGCUAGUGACCUGAGCUUUUGUUAUAAGCAGAACAGUCCUCCAGCUCUUUUUAUGGCAUGGGAAACUGAGAAAUCACCAAGUCACCUCUUAAGAUCAGUCAGUCAGUCAAUAAACAACUGUCCAUGACAGAGUCAUGUAAGAACAUAAUUUAGAAUUUUAAUUUUUUUCUCAUUUACUUUAGGGUGAGAAUUAAGCAUAAGAUUUAGAAUAGCUAACCAAUAUUCAUAUUCCCUUAUUAAUUGUAAACAUUUACAAAUUUAUCAGCAGUUUUACCAUACUGUAGACCAUGUAAAAUCCAUUAUUGAUAUCUACCAAAAAUGUAAUAUUGUGGCAAUAAAGAAUGAAUGGGGUAUAACUUGAUUUUCCUUAUUUAGCCAUAGUUCAGUCCCUAUCAGUAUAUUGAGACUCUACCGUUGUAUUGAUGUAAAUUUUAUUAUUGCAGUUACUGUUAUCAGUAUUCCUUUUGUUAGUAUUGAUAUUAAUGACUGUAAUGGUAAAUAGAUGCUAUGUGGGAUGAUGUAGGAUCUAGUAUGGGAUCCAUGUAUCAUUGAAAUGCUGUUUAAACGUUUGUUUUUGUUGUUUAAUUAAUCACAACAAAUGCAUUAGAUCUCACUACACAGAGACAUUGGUGUCAUUUGAUUAAAUGCAAAUACAGCUAAACUUUAGCUCAGUGUGAAAUAUUGUCUAUGUGUGGUAUGUAAAGGACUGAAGUUUUAGGAACAGGGAAAACAGCACCACUAUAUAUCAUGCUAACAAGUAAUGAUAUCAGUUUGGAACUGACUGAUUUGUGUUAUAUGUCGCAAUCUGAGCAUGGAUGCUGUUGUGAUGUACAUCACAAUUUGCAGUAGGUUGCAUUUACAGAGUGGUGGGAAUGGCCUUUUCUGCUAGAGCAGGAGUUAACAGUUCAGGUCCUUGAUGGCUACAGUCCAGAACAUGUCAUGAUAAUCCUUUUCAGCCGUCAAUAGUGAGGUUCAGACACAUCCAGUCAAACAACCAUGUAAAUGAUCAUUUAAUUUAAUACUUGAUUCCAUCCAGCCAUUCAGGACUUAUACUGUCCUCCCUAUUCUAGCAUUUUGUAUGAUGCUUUCUCUCUGCAGAACAAUUUUAGUCAAGUCUAGCUUUAUGUUUUUGGUUUACAUAUUUUUGGUGUGUUGCACUGAUCCCCAUAGUCUGUUUUUGCCUUACAGAUUAUUCUAGGUGUGUAUUUCAUGAGUAAUUUUAAUUAUAUGAUAGCAGCUACAUUAGUAGAUAUUACACAGAUAAAUAUUUGUGCUUUGAAGCUGUUUGCCUUUGUCAUGCAGGUAUGCAGUUGAAUGUUUAAAAAGUACUGUAACUUAUAAAGCUGCAAUAAACAUAUCUAUA